ACGAAGAAGAGUAGGACAGAGUCGGAGUGUAGCCAAUCAAAACGCCUGGCGCGACCCGUGCUGGCGUUAUUAAAAAAAAAAAAGAACAUAGCCAUCCAUUUUUCCAAGUCCUCACGAAGGAUCCCAGUCACAUAUCUGUCAAUAUAACUGCGUAACGGCAUGUCGUCGUUUGUCACCGAAGUCCUCGCCAGGUCUGGCAAACUGGAGAAAGAGGACCUGUCCAAUAAAAUCAGCAAAAUGUCGCGCAAGAUAGACGAUACGAAGGAGCAAGUGUGUGACAUGAUAAACAAGAAUUACAGUGAAUUCCUGCUGAAUUUAGAAGCAUCUGAGGACUUCAUGGUGCAGGUCGAUGAGGUUUCCAAAGAAAUGGAGUCCCUUACAAAUCUUGUUGAGACUGAGAUUCAACAAAAUGUCCAUGUGGCUGUAGCCGAGUAUACAACGUUGAAGCAGCAGCUGGAGAGAAACACGAGCAUCAUCACCAUGCUUGGACACCUAAAAGAGUUUCACAAUGCAAUGGAGGAAUUCAAGAAAACCCUUCCGCAGAAGAAUUAUGUUGAUGCUGCUAACCAGCUGGAAAAGGCAAAGGCGAGCGUGGAGUCCCUCAAGGUCUGGAAGGCAACAGAGCUCCCUCUGAUCAGCGCGCUCAGCUCGGAGUUGACCGUGCAGAGGGAAAACCUCCUGUAUCAUCUGGGAGAUGAAUGGAAGCGCCUCGUCAUCUGGAAAUUACCCUCCUUAAAGGACCCUCCAGGUGUUGCCUCCUUUCUCAAGGUGGAGCUGGGUCUGAGCCAUUCUGAAAAGGACAGCGAACCAGAGCCAUCUGCUGAGUUGUGCAGCGUCCUGCAAGCGUUGGCCAUCCAGGGAAACCUUCAGCACAAGAUGGAACUCUUCAGUCGCGUGCUGCUGAAGUACAUGUUGAAGCCGGUGGUGCUGCACCCGUCACUGGAAUUGUCUGUGUCCGAGCAGCCGCAAGGAAAGGGGAUCGUCCUGACCUUCCAGCAAUUGAAGGACAGCCACAAGGAGCAUGCCACUCCGUCGCAGGUCUACAGCAAAGUGCUCCUGGUGCUGAAGACUCUUCAUUCAAACCUCCUCGAUGUGGCGAUCCGUGACAAAAAGCUGUCUACUAUCUUGGGAGAGCUGAUAUGGGAGGAGCUUUCCCGGUGCAUCAUCCACGAGUGUCUGCUCUACUCUAUCCCCACCAACAGCAGCCAACUAGAAAAAUACAACACAGUGAUCAAGGAGACGGAGGAGUUUGAGAAGGCUCUGAAGGAAAUUGAGUUUUUACGGAGCGAAUCCACAGACCUACUGAAAUACGCCAGGAACGUCAACUGUCACUUUGCUAGCAAGAAGUGUAAGGACGUCAUCGUGGCAGCACGCAAACUCAUGACGAGCGAAAUCCACAACACCGUCAAGAUCACACCAGACUCCAAGCUGCGUCUUCCCAAGCUUCCUGUUCCUGACUCAUUGCCACGAGCGAAGCAGGAAGCUCCCAGCAAGCAGGCCGCCGCCACCAUUGAGAAUGCCAGUCAGCUGUCGGCGUGGAGCCUGUGUCUUCCGGCGUGUCGCAUCAGCGAGUCUGUACAGCAGUUGAUGGAGCUGGCUCUCAGUACACUGGGCGAGGCUGUCGGAAGUUCUGCACAAUGCGCGUCCCAGCUGUUUUUCACCGUCCGAAACAUUUUUCAGCUCUUCUAUGACGUUGUGCCAACAUAUCACAAAGAGAGCCUUCUCAAGUUUCCCCAGCUGGCUGCCAUCCAGCAUAACAACUGCAUGUACCUGGCCCACCACUUUCUCACCUUGGGCCACCAUUUCAGACCCCAUUUCUCGCAGCCCUUGAGCCAGUCUGUGGUCACCUUUGUCGACAUGGUGCCAGCAUUUAGGAAAUUAGGUGCUCAGUGCUUCCUAACGCAACUAAACGUCCAGAAGACAGAGUUGCUGGAGCGGCUGUCCACUGCUCACAACUUCUGCAACCUGGACGACGCCGACAACUACACAGCGGCUAGCAAGGCUGUGAGGCAGGUGAUCCAUCAGUUAAAGCAGCUGGGGAAGGUCUGGCAGGAUGUCCUACCUGUUGACAUCUACUGUAAAGCCAUGGGCAGCCUCCUCAACACGGCCGUCGUGGAAAUUAUUGCCAAGAUCGUUAUGUUGGAGGAUAUCUCCUCGGAGGACGGCGAGCACCUGCACACCCUCUGCCAGAUGGUCAUCGAGGAAGGCCCGCUAAUCUUUGUCCCACUGACUGACGAGCAAAAAAACAAAACGUACCAGGAGGAGGUUCACCUUCAUGUUAAAAAGUGGAGCACCUUCAAGGAGCUUGUUAUCGUGCUGCGCGCCAACCUCCAGGAGAUUGUCGACAGGUGGGCAGACAGUAAAGGUCCUCUGGCUUUGGAGUUCACAAGCAAUGAAGUGAAGAGUCUGAUCCGGGCCUUGUUCCAGAAUACAGACAGAAGAGCCAUGGCUAUGACCAAAAUCAAAUAAGGUUUUGGAGGAGGAAAUGACCAUCAAUGAGUCCACCAAAAAGUUAGAAAUUCUCGUAAUAUGACUUUUUCAUUGAAAAUGAUUUUCUACUCCACGUUGGGGUACGUUAUUUAAUUAGUCUGGUUCAUGUAGCAUUGGGAGUAUGAGGGUUUCCCUGGGGAAAAAGUAUCUUUGGACCCCAAAUUUUUGAGAACUCCUGUUGGACUACAAUUUCGCCUUGAGUUAAGAGUUUAUUCAUUUCACGAUGACGCUUGUAACGCAACUCAUCUUUGAAAUGAAUCGAAACCUCAUUCUUUAACAGCCCCAUAUUCGGCUACUUCUGCUUGUGCGCUUUAGUCAUCAGGGGCAGUAUAAUACAGACAAAUGAAGAGUUCACAGUUACACCGAGUCGGUAAGAUGCAGUAAUGUUAAGUAGUUUUUUCAGUGAGAAUAAAGGAGACAUGCCUGAGUAUUGUUAGUUUUUCUACAUGUUUCAGUUCACCGUUUCUGCUCAAAUAUGUUGCUAAUAGAGCGCAGACAGAAGAGCCAUGGCUAUGACCAAAAUUAAUAGUUUGGAGGACUAAAUGAUCAAUGAAAAACACUUUUUUUUUCAAACCUAUGUUUUCGUUCUAUGUUGAAUUUCUACACACUAAGCCCUUAAGUUCACGUAACAUUGUCAGACGUGACAUACAUGGCAUUUCCUCUCAGACCUGUGGUGCUGUAAUAAAAUAAACUGUCAAAGUCAACAAA